CGCGCGCGCGCGCGUGUGUGUGCGUGUGUGCGUGCGCGCGUGUGUGUGUGUGUGUACUUCGCCUUGGUCGCCCUCUCAGCGUGCGGGAAGCUGUACGUGCUCGUGCUUGAAUUUAAUAACGGGAAACGGGAGUCGAAAGAAAAGUGAAAAACAAAAUGAGAGAGCGAAUGGGCGAACGCUACGAAUCGUGAACUACUCGUGAAUCGAUCUACGGAGAAGGAUAAUCGGAAAUCUGUUUUCCGGUUUUUGUUUCUACGGUGUUAUCGGUCUUUUUACGCUUUGUUUCCCGCCCUUGUUUCUCUUACGUUUCGAGUAGCUGUCAGCAGAAAGUAGGAGAAUCAACAGGGCCAGCGACUGGCAGCCUAUUCCUGCGUCAAAAGCUGUUUACACGAAUGAUCCCCCGCUGGAAUAUGGCAAAGCCGUGAGAAGGUCUAGCAAACAACUGUGCGUGAUUUUCCUGGGAACUUUAAUUAAUUACCAAGCGUAUCAAUGACUAAUUUGACGUCUUGAAAACGACCGACAUGAAGUAUUUGAAAUUCGUCCUAUUUACGUUCAACAUAUUGAUAUGGUUGGCUGGGUGUACGGUACUGAUGAUAGGGGCAUGCUUGCUAUUGGAACCGAGCAAAGGGCACCUGUUAAAUCUUUUCGUGCCCGACGCCACGCCGCACGAAACUAUUAACCUGAUAGCUUGUAGCUUGGUCGGUCUCGGUUUUACGGUGCUGACGGUCGGUUUCUUCGGAUGUCGAGCUGCUCUCUAUGGAAAUCAAUGCAUACUGGCCACCUACAUGAGCAUGCUCGUGGCACUGAUCAUUACCGAACUCAUCACCGCUGCCGUCGGUGGACUGAUGACAUUUCGAAUACUUUCUGGAUUGGAGGAGCGGCUGAUCAACAAAUUGGCCGAGGAUUACGGUCACGAGCCCACUAGCGACAUACCCUUCAGCCACAGUCUCGACUUUGCGCAAUAUAAGUUUAAUUGCUGCGGAAUACACGGAUACGGGGACUACAAUGGCACGGCAUGGUGGAGAGACGCGCAAAUUUCGGGCAACAGGAGGCAGGUCCCGCUUACGUGUUGCGUUUUAAAAGAUACAGAGGUAAAAAAUACGGGAAGUCCAAUGAGCGUGGUGUCGAGAGUGUUCAGCAAACAUAACGAGAAACCGUGGCUAAACCCGAAACCAAUGGACGAAAUAGCGUGUCAAGUGGAAGACGAAGAGGGUCACGAUGGAUAUCGACAUAAAGAGGGCUGCCUCUCGAAAGUUACAAGUUGGUUGCAGUGCGAGAGCUUCACAUUAGUAUUCCUGGGCAUGGCAAUGGCUGGUAUACAAACAUUCGGUAUAAUAACUUCGGCUUUCCUUUGUCGAACGAUAAGGGACAUGCAAGUGGAUUGAGAAGGCGAUGCCAAAGGCACGAAACGAAAGGAAAACCAAUUUCCAGUUCCCAGUUUAGUCGGGUUUACGAGGAAAUCGGACGCGUUAUUUUGAUAUUUCGUUCGUUCAGUUUCAACGAUUUUGUUAUGGAAAUCGAUUUAAUCGAGGGAACAACGAUACACGUGAUAAUACCUGGACGUUUCGAGCAGAUUUCAUAAGAGAUUUGGCGAGACAUCCUCCGCGAAUCACUGGCGAAAGGAUUUUUAAGAUUUUAUUUUUAAAAACAAUCGAUGAUUGCGACAUUUACCGUAGAAUAAUAGAAAGCUGCGCUUGCUCGAAACCUUCAAAACCAUUCCCGUCCCUUGUACGCGCGUUUCAUUAUAAAAUAUCGUAGCGAACUCGAACGAGAGAGAAACGUCUACGAUACUGUACAUAAAACGUUAUUCACUCCGAAAUUCAAUACGAAAUACUCCGGUUUUACCAACGUUUGCGAUAGGACUUUAUAUCGCGUUCUAUAACGACGUUCGCUUUCGCAAAUCACGAGAAAAGCGAUAUUCUUACUGCGGCAUUGCUACGCACUGUAAGGUGGUAAAUUUUUUAUCACCGGCGAAUCUGUAAAUACAUAUGUAUGUACUUACGUGCUAACUAAGAGCGGAGCGAGAAAACGCGGCGAGAGAAUCGUCUAUCACCCCUUUUUUGCUUGCGAAAUUCACUCGACAAGAUCUCAUUUUUCACAUCAGGUGGACGCGUGACUUAUACAUUGGCAAGCGUAUAUGUUUCAAAAUAUCUUGUGAUUUUUUUACUGGGGAAAUACACCAUCGAAGUGAGAAUGUACCCGAUAUCAAUAUAUACAGUAUGUAUAUAUCGUGUGUGCGUGUGAUAGAAAUUCAUAAAUUCAUCUACGUAAAUACCAGCGCGAGCCGCUUGAGAAAACUGGAUGUGUAUCCGGAUAAAAGAGAAACAAGAGAUCUAAUGUAUUCUCCGGUAUAGUGUCUGCAAUGAACGUUCACGCAAGAAGAAAAAGAAGACAGAUGCAUGCAUCUUACAAUAAUUCGUGCCAAAUAGAUGAUAUAUGUACCGAUACAUACCUGAUGCGACUUGCGACGAGCCAGUUUAACUUUGUUAUACCUUUAUUUUCUGAUAAAAUUUGUUGGAAAGUAUUUGGCGCGUUCGUAAAAUAUAGCAGGAAAACAAUAAAAUUAUUGCUCUCUGUACAUAAAAUACUU